AGGCUACAAUCCAUGUCAUCCAGUCCAUAAGGGGGCAGCACUGAGACAUGCCUGAGUUUAUUUGAAUUCAGUGAUUUUUAUCACACUGAGUGCAGUAAACCACUAGCAGUCAGUGUUUGGGUUAAAUGCUUUAGUGUGUACGCGCUAGAAGAUCACAUAGAACCCAAACAUAACCGUUUGGUCCGGCGGAAAAAUGCACCCGAUCCGACUGUCGAUCCCGUCGUUCCGUUCGGAGAACAGCUCAGUGGAGAAAGGAUUCACGGUCUUCAAAAUUGACGUGCUGGUGAACGGCCGACUGCACAGUGUUGAGAAACGCUACAGUGAAUUCCACGCUUUGCACAAAAUGCUGAAAAAAAGCAUAAAACCUCCUGAAAUCCCUUCGAAGCAUGUCAGAAACUGGGUCCCUAAAGUUCUGGAGCAGAGGAGGCACGGCCUGGAGCUCUACCUGCAGACUGUAAUUAUGGAAAAUGAGGUCCUCCCAAAGAUAUUCCUGGAUUUCCUCAACGUCCGCCAUUUUCCUUCAGUGCCAAAAACAGAAAGCUGUGGCUCCUUUGACACUGAAUCAAUGGAGUCAAGUAAACUGUCUCAUCAGCCAGUGGUGGUUUACCUCAGAGAUCCAUACCUGCUUCCUUCUGCACACGAUGUCUUUUCCAACGUUGUGAUUGAAGGCGUGGUGGACGGCGUUUUCUACCCAGAUUUUCAGCAGAGGUAGAGCCGCCGAGAGGAAAAUGAUGCGCAAGCCGGCAUUUAAACCGAUGCGUCUCACCAGCACCAGGAAGAACGUAGAAGAACAUAAUUUGAGCCUCUUUUUUACUCACAGACAUGCAUCAAAAACUCAUAAGUUGUCUACUUUUCUUUUUGAACAAAAAUGGAUCGCUGGUCUCUGGAUAAUUCACUACAUUUUAUGCAUUAACACUAACUUGUGUUUUGCUACAUAUUCCAUCUGAUUUUCACUUUAAAAGUCAAUUUUAAAAUGUAAAUUGUAUGAUAAAUAGUCUGACAGAUACAUUUAAAUAGCUUGGAAAAAGGUGAACAUUCUCAGUAGUUUUAGAGUUAUAUAUUGGAAUAAUAAUAAAGAUAGGCUGGAAAU